UGCAGCGGAAUAGGUGCGCAAGUUAUAUUUUUAGAGUUGGGGCCUCAGCUUCUGGAAGUAGUGAGCUGAGGGAAACUUUGAAACUCAACACGAUGAAUGGCGUUUCUUUGUUGCAUAGCCAUAGUAAAUCUACUCCUCGACUUGGACGUAGUAAAGACCUAGUGAUCUCUUGUCUCUCUUUCUUCAUCAUCCAUACAGCUACCAAUGAUCCCCCACCAGUUCCCGGCCCAUCUUUGGCCCAAGCGUCUUGCUGCUACCUAUUUUUUCGGUCUAGUCGUGAGAGGAUGAAGAACCAACUUUUUUGCCGGAGACUCGUCUUCGCGGAGUCGCGAAGCAAGCUAUCGAUGCGGAAAAAUUGCACGCUU